CCGCUUUUAAAAAAAAGAAAUAUGAGGAUGAAAUAAUGUUGACAUGCCUUGAAUUAUUAAGUAUCCCCUGGAUUUUAUUAGCACAUGAUGCCUAAAUGCUGCCUGUAUCUGGUGGGGUCUUAACCGGGAGUGCAGAGGAGCGGCACACACAGCGGCACAGGGAGCGGCCGGCAGCUCUGACAGCUGGGCUUGUGCAGAUAAGCAAAGGAAGCACCAGAAGAUUACUAGUGAGACAAGAGGAAAGCUGCGUUCAGAAGCUUCUGAGAGCCUGGGGCCCCGAUUCCCCAGUCCUCCUCCUCCUCCUCCCUGUUUGGGUUUACUAAUUUAGGGGCGUCCUGCAGCAGCCAGGGGUAAGCGGCCGGUGCGGGGCACCUCAGGCUUCCACUGCCUCCCCUCACUGGGGAGGUAGUGUGCUGCCUGGUGCCUCGGCACAGAUGCCGAUUGAGAUUGUCUGCAAAAUCAAAUUUGCAGAGGAGGAUGAGAAGCAGGCGGCGAAAGAGGAAGGGGACAAGGAGAGCUUGCUAGAGGAGCCUAGCCGGCCACACCAUCGUGAUCUGGCCGCCUUUGCUGGCACCAGCACCCUGCACGGCCUGGCUCAUAUUUGCCGCUCAGGGCAACUGGGGGUCCGGCAGGCCCUCUGGGCACUUGCAUUUGUGGCCUCUUUGGCCUUUUUCUUGUAUCAGGCAGCUCGGUCUGCACUCUUCUACCUGGAGCAUCCACAUGUCACUACCAUGGGUGAGGAAGCUACCCAAAAGAUGGUCUUCCCAGCCGUCACCAUUUGCAACAUCAACCGUUUCCGUCAUUCGGCACUUACAGACGCCGAUAUCUUUCACCUAGCCAACAUGACUGGAUUGCCACCCAAGGACCGUGAUGGACACAAGGCCUCUGACCUGCUCUACCCUGACCCAGACAUGGCUGACAUUGUCAACCGCACUGGGCAUCAACUUGAUGACAUGCUGAAGAACUGCAGCUUUAGUGGUGAGAAUUGCUCUGCAGAAAACUUCACAGUGGUCUACACCCGCUAUGGAAAAUGCUACACAUUCAAUGGUGACAGAAACAAAGCACGGAUGACUCGCCAGAGUGGGAUGGGGAAUGGGCUGGAGAUCAUGUUGGACAUCCAACAGGAGGAAUACCUGCCCAUCUGGAGAGAAACCAAUGAGACAUCAUUUGAAGCUGGAAUCCGGGUACAGAUCCACAGUCAGGAUGAGCCACCCUACAUUCAUCAGUUGGGAUUUGGAGUCUCCCCUGGUUUCCAGACCUUUGUUUCCUGCCAGGAGCAGCGGAUACAGCCGUUGAAGAUUUCCAGGAACGCUGUAUCUGUCCCAUGCCAUGUAAUUUGACGCGCUACGGCAAGGAGAUUUCCAUGGUACGCAUUCCCAACAAGGGCUCAGCCCGGUACCUUGCUCGCAAAUACAACCGCAAUGAGACCUAUAUCCGGGAGAACUUCUUGGUGCUGGAUAUCUUCUUUGAGGCACUGAAUUAUGAGGCGAUUGAACAGAAGAAGGCAUACAACCUGGCAGGGCUUCUGG